CCUUCCUUUCUGGCAUCUUCCUUUCUGACAUCCUCCCGGACCUGUCUCGUCAAAACAAGCACGGCCAUGCUCGGAGAACAUAGUGCCGACGUCCAGCCGCCUGCGUCCGAAGCAAAGCUCUACGACUAUUUCCUAUCCUACCGUGUGAGCACCGAGAGCCAAACGGCCAGGGACCUCAAGGAGCGCCUGGUGUCGAUUGCCCUGCGGCGCAAUCGCAAGACCCUGUCGGUGUUUUUUGAUGUCGACUCUCUCGUCGACGGCCGUGAUUGGCGAGAUGGCUUCUUGAACGCCUUGCCGAAAACGUCGGUGGCCAUCCUGCUCGUCAGCAAGGCCUCGAUCGACAUUGCCCUGCAGAAGGCCCUCAAAGGCGAGGAAGACAACGUCGAGCUCGAAAUCAGGACCGCCCUGGAUCGCAAGGAUGCCUGCAAUGACCUUUUCGUCUUGCCGCUGUGCAUUGCAACCUUGGGGGAUGGUGUCUACACCGACUUCAAGCCGUACACGGUGUCCUUUCCCAGCGACCCCAAGUUUGCCACGCUCAAGCAGACCAUCGGCCGCAUGAACCAGAUCCAGAUGUUCGGCUUCCGCCCCGACCAGCCUCACAAACGCCUCUACCGGAUCCUGAGUCUUAUCAGUCCAGUCGACGUCGCCGCCGCUACCGUGCAAAAGCUCAGCCUGGAGCUUGCCUCCAACCCGCGGUACAUGGGCCAUGUUGAACACCUCGACUCGCUCCUCAGACAGGUUACCCUGACUGGUCGUGCCGUCAUCUCCGGCAUGGGCGGUAUGGGCAAGUCUGUCCUGGCCCGCCAGUUCCUUCAGUUCAUGAUGGGAACCCUCACCGUCAGCAACGACAGCGAGCUCGGCAGCUUCAAGCUCGAGACCAUCGGCGUCAAGCCCCAAUAUAGCCACGUCUACUGGAUCAACUGUUCGACCGAGUCGUCAGUCCUCGACAGCUUCGUCGACAUCUUCCCCAACAUCCAGCCUGACGAGGUCAAGCGCCAUGCGUCCCACUUCCUCGCCGAAAGCCGAAACUACCUUCUGAUUCUCGACAAUGUCGAUGACAUUGCGGUCGCAGAUGCUGCAUUCGAGUAUUCAAAGUCCCACGGCUUUGGUGGCGAUGUGGUUGUAACGACUCGGUUGCCGUCCCUGCCGGCGGGCCCUCUGCUAACCUCGCUGCGAGCCAGACUGCACAGUUUCCAGCAGGACCCGCUGCGUCUCGGGUCGUGGGAGAACCAGACGACGUUCGACUACAUUGUCACGACAUCGCCCAUGAUAUCCCGGAAGGUCUCCUCGGAAGGCUCCCGCGACAAACUCAAGAAGAUUGUGGACCGUAUCGACGGAUAUCCGCUGGUCAUCCAGACUUUCACGGCGUUUGUCGAGUACAACGACCUUCCGAUCGACGAGAUCGGUGCGCAGUUUGCUGAGGCACUUGGGAGGCAGGACGACAAUGGCGACGACGAAACCCGCUCGUCGCUCAAGGUGAUUGUCGAUCUGUCCAUGAAUACUCUGCUAAAGAAAGGCGACGAGGGCACAGAUGCGUGCCGGCUCUUUGGAGCGAUCAGCCUGCUGGCCCCGGAUGACAUUCCGUACGAACUGAUCAAAGUGAUCGGACAGAAGAUGCAGCUUUCAACCGACGUCGCCCGGCUUGUCAAGGUCUUGUCCCAAAGUGGUCUCAUUCAGAGCGGUACCAACGACAGCUACAACACACAUUCGCUGACGCAGAGGGUUGCCCAUGAGUUUGUCGUGGCUCGCGACCAGCUCGGCGCCAAGGCCGCCGAGAGCGCCGCCAGCGAAGCGCUCCUCGAGCUCGUCAAGAUUCCCUGCGACCAAAAAUCAUUUGCCUUUGGCCGCCAUCUCGAGUCCUUUAUGAACAAAACUGUCCCCAGCCCAUACACCAACGAAAUCCACUCAAGCAUCGAAAUGCGGGUUGCAACGCUUGCCCAGGAGCGAGGGCUCAUCUCCAAGUCACUUGCCAUGUUCCAGAGCUGCCUUGCCAAGUCAACUGCGUUCUGGAACAGCCAAGUCAACAAACAGAGCUCGAGCGCUCUCAGCUGGAUUGGAGAGUCGCAUCGCAAGCUAGCGCAAUUGGACGAGGCCGAAGAGCAUCUCCAGAGAUCGUUUGCGAUUCUGCAGACCCUGAACAUGGCAUCAACCAGCAUCGAGGCGGUGCGGACCCUCUACCGCAUGGGCCUCACGGCCUUUGACCGUGGCCAGCUCGAGAAGGCUCUCCAGUAUUACCGGCAGUCGCGCGAGAUUCUCAUCGAUGUGCUCAAGAUCAACGAGGGCACAGAUGCCGCCAGGAUCCUGCUCGCGAUGGGAUCCGUGGCCGGAAAGCAGAGCAAGUACGAACAGGCUCUUCGCCACUAUCACGAUGCCCUUGACAUCUAUGUCAAGACCUUUGGCGGCCGCGAGCACCCCCACGUUGCCUCCACCAUCAGCAACAUUGCCGUCGUGCUUGCCAGCCAGGGCAAGUUCGACGAGUCCAUCAGACACUAUGACGAAGCCAUCGAUAUAUUUGUGCGAGUUUUUGGCACCCGCGAGCACUAUCUCGUUGCCCUCACCCUCAACAACAUGGGCACGGCCAAGCGCAGCCAGGGUCGCCUCGAGGACGCACAGCGGUGCUACCAGGAGGCGCUUGAGAUCCGGCUCAGGGUCUUUGGAACCCGCGAUCAUUCGUCGAUUGCGGCGUCGUUCAACAAUCUGGGGCUCAUCGCCCGUGACCAGAAACGGCUCCCGGAAGCCAACGAGUUCUAUCAAAAGUCGAUCGACAUUUACACCAAGGUCUUUGGGACGCGGGUGCACCCUUCCAUUGCCACGCUGCUCAUUGGCAUGGGCAACAUCGCCGUCGAUCAGGGCCGGUUCGAAGACGCCCUGAGCCACUACAGCGAAUCCCUCGAGAUAUCCACCCGGAUCUAUGGCACACGCAACCAUCCCGAGGUUGCCUCGACGCUCAACAACGUGGCCAGUCUUGCGUAUUCCAGGGGCCAGUAUGACAAGGCAGCCGCGAUAUACGAAGAGUCUCUUGCGAUUCGCCGCCAGGUGUACAGGACGGACGACCAUCCAGACAUUGCCCAGGCCAUAUACAAUCUCGGGAACGUGGCCUAUGCCCAGACUCGGUACCGAGACGCUCUGGAGCACUACCAAAUGGCCCUGUCGAUCCGUCAGCGCGUCUACGGUGAUCCGACACACCCGGAAAUUCGGGACUCUGUCAACAUGAUCGCGCAGGUGCAGGAUAUUCUCAUGAAGCUGCCGAACCAGCAGGGGAAAGGCUCGGGCAAAUCGGCCCCCAGCUCGACCCGACUGGACCAGUGCCGCAACAUGUAGGACUCGACCCUCUUUGGUAUCCGUUGGGCUGUCGUGCAUGUUUCACGGUCCGAUGCUCAGUAUUUGUUCGAACAUGACCAGAUCUCCUGGAUUGUGCGGAGCCAUUUGAUUGCAUACCGCUGUGCUGGCUUGCGUGUAGAAUAUCAACGAUGCAUUUGUAUGCUUGAUCAGCAGCAUGAAUAUAGUCACGGCUGGUAGUUGCUCGCACUGUCUCUGUCCGCCAACAGCCAUGGUAGACAUGCCAUUGCUUGCCAUCUCCACUGCCCCUGCAGCGGGCUGCAUUCGA